GGGCGUGCCCUGCGCUGGGCGUGCUGGCGUGGCGGGCGGCAGGCGCUGCGAGCAGCUCGGGGCGAGCGGCGGCAGAAUGAGGCAAGCGGCGAGGCCGGGUUGGAGCGGCGGCUGCAGCUCCGAGCGCGGCUCGCCCCCGUCCAUGGCCACUCUCGGCUUCUUCCCCUGCUCGCGCGGCCACGCCCACAAGGUGUUUAUCAAAAUGUCAGGCAAAACUAUUUUUGGGUAUGAGGAUUACGGCUGGGUCUAUACUUCCCCUCGGUCAAGGGACACGUACAAGGGACACGAAGACGAGUGGAGAUGCUCUACGCCCCGGCGUUUGCCCUCGUGAUUUCUGUUCGGAUGGCUACUUGGAAGUUGGAUCUGACGAUAGCCGACGCCACUGGACAAUACGCUUUCGAAACUGAUUUGCGUAAACAGGUUAUCCUCCUCGGUCUCCCUUCCCAUUUCCCCUUCUCGUUCCUUCGUCCCGAGCCACCCUCUAGGCUCUAGCCUAAUCGGAACGUGGAAGAUUUCGAGAGGUUUAAGCCGGCCGGCGACCGGCUUCGGAUCGCCAUGAGCGAGGUAUUCGAGGGCUACGAGCGCCAGUACUGCGAGAUCUCGGCCUCCCUCUCCCGCAAAUGCACCGCCGCCUCCUCCCUCUUAGGAGAGAAGCUGAAGCAGAAGGCGUCGGAGAUCAAAUCCGGCAUCGAUGGCGCCGAGGCACUGAUAAGGAAGAUGGACCUUGAAGCAAGAAACCUCCAACCGAGCGUGAGGGCCGGGCUCCUGGCGAAACUGAGAGAGUACAAGUCAGAUCUUAACAACCUGAAGGGAACGUUAAAGAGAAUCACUACUGGCAAUGCUCAACAAGGGACCAGAGAGGAGUUGCUAGAGUCAGGAAUGGCAGAUACGUUGGUGGUAUCUGCUGAUCAGAGGUCAAGAUUGCUCAGGACAACAGAAAAGCAAAACCAGACAACUGAUCGGAUCAGAGAUAGCCACAGAACUAUGCUGGAGACUGAAGAUCUUGGAGUCUCCAUCUUGCAUGACCUACAUCAGCAGCGCCAAUCUCUCUUACGUGCUAAUGAUACGCUGGCUGGAGAGGAGAAGCUACAAAUUCCCACGCCCCAAUACCCUUCUCACUUAUCCUCUAUUUACGUUAGAAAUGCCACUCGACGCCUGAAACGUUUUCUUCCCAAACGACACUCUCCUCGUCCCCCAGAUCCCGAUUCCCUCCCUUUCCCCUUUCACGAGAGGCGGCCUCGCUAUGGUUCGGGCGCCACCGGGACGCCGCCUGAGAUAUGCGCUGCGCCACCAGCCUGCGGCCGGACCGCAUCUAGGAUAUCACCAAUGGCGGCCGCCGCGCACAUGAAGCGCGCCGCCCCUUGGUGCUCUGCUCGCGUCUCCCUCUUCACAGACGGCGUCUGGCGAAGGAGGGCAGCAGCAUGGAUGGCUGAUGGUGUGCUGGGGCGCAGUGGCGGAGCAGCGGUCGUGCAUGGAUGAGAUGGUGCUCUUCUUUCUCAACGGCGAGACGACGACCAACGACUGAAGCCUCCACGGACGCCGGCCCGGCGGCGAUUUCGUCCUCACAGACCGCCGGCAACAGCCUCCCUAUUUCGUCCUUCUGAACCAGCGCCACACCCUCCCCUGCAAUUUCUCCAGCUGAACUUAGUUUUCCUUUUUUGGAAUUUACAAUUUCUGAUUUACUCCUAUGAAUCUGUACAGUACCUAGCGGAAGGCUGGGAGAAGCUCUGAUGCAUUUUACGUUGAGUCAUUUGUAUGUAUGUACUGUAUAAUUUUUAAGCUUAUAAAAUACACAACAUCGUUGAUGGGUAUUAAAUGUAGCCUGUGGUUAUCAUUUUUGUGUGUUUUGAAACAAUUCACGGAUGCUACAGUCAUACUCGAUUCCUUCAAUCUUGUAAAAUGAAAAAAAAUCAUGUGUAUGUUU